AUUUCAUCUGUAAUGAACGAUACAACACAAGCGUGCCACUAAUUUUUGAAAACAAUGACAUGGUCGUAGUAACUGUGAAAGAAAAGAAAACCCUUUAACUGUUAUCUGCACUAUAACUACACUCUCAGUAGUCUCAGGAAAAUUUUUCUGAUAAGUUGUUUUCGAGAAUGUCUCUAAAAAGGAAGUAAUAUGCACCUGUCUUCUUCUGAAUAUCUUAAAAAGGUUCACUAUAAAUAAAGAUAAAAAGUGAGGAAAUGGCUGCUGUGGAGUUGGAAGUUUUAAAGCAGUUUAAGAAAAACGUGGCUGAUAUACUAACACCCAAUGAUACAGAUCCGCACUUGCUGAAGUGGUUAAAAUCCAAAAACUAUCACAUCAAGAAAGCAGAGGCAAGCUUUCGAGAGGCUCAUGCUUUUCGAGAAUUUUAUGCAUUGGAUCGCUUGUUUAAAACUACUGCAAAACCUGAAGUUGCUGAGAAGUUUGGGAUUAGUGCCUUUUUAGGUUAUGCCAAAGAUGGAUCUGUUAUACGGUAUACAAAUUUUGGAAGGGGCGAUCACUAUGGACUCAUUGCAUCCAUGUCAGCAUACCCACUUGGCCUAUACGGAAUUCGUAUAAUGGAAGAAGACUGCGAACAGCAAAGAAUGCGGGAAAAAAUCACUGGAGAAAGUGUUUUGGAGAUUACGUACGUACUCGAUUUAGAAGGUUUGCACAUACCAGACAUUUUACACAGAUGUGUCUAUGAAACAGGAGUUGAUUUAGUUCAUAUAGCCCAAGAGUUUUAUCCAGAAAUAUGGGGAUCAGUGUUUUUCAUUAAUGCACCACCUUAUUUUGACGCCGUAUUCAACUUGUUUAAACCUGUCAUGAGGAUGAGUCUCAUUCAAAAGACGCAAGUUCUAUCGAGAGAUUCAACUGCAGAAGUACUUUUAAAGUACAUCGAUGAAGAUGUUCUUCCUGAUUUUCUAGGCGGUCAAAGAACGGAUUUUAAGCCUCUAGGGAGAAAAGUUCCAGAGAAAUAUUAUCUCUGUCAUCUGCCUUUUCUGAAUCCGAGUGAUCCUGGAGUCAUAGACGUAUGCCUUAGACCUCGAAGUGUGUAUAACCAUCCAGUCAUGGUUAGCAAACCAAAUACAACCAUCCGAGUCGAAGUUAGAACAGAGAGAGGGAGCAUACAGAUGUCAAUAUAUUACAGAAACAUAACUAUUUUUUCUAAUGAAACAGACGAACUCACAAUGGACGAGACGGAGGAGCACUGCCAUACCUUGAAGGUGAGUCCAGUGAUGCGAGUUCAGACCCAUAUGUCACCCAUAAACGAUACCAAUAUCGCUCCAAAACCAGGACUAUACAUUUAUCGUUUCAUCAAUUGUUCCAGCUGGUUCACCUCCAGGCGCCUCAUGGUUCGAAUCAUGGCUCUUGAUUCUUGACUUCAUUCUCAUCGUUUAUGAAUCAUCUAUCUACAAGACUAUUUACUCAUGUAUUUAAUAAAGAUUUGAAUGAUGAACAUUUA